AUGCCUUCCAAUCGGACGAACGUUCUCUAUGGUGCUGCAGGGGCUGCUGCUGGAGGGGUUGUCGCGUGGCGUUCUCUGUUUCCAUGGAUAGGAGACGAUUUGACAACCGCCUUAGGAAUGAAGAAAGUAGGUGACAGGAAAGACACAGACCUUGCCAACGAGGUUUAUUUGAUUGACACGUUCGAAGGGUUUGUUAAACAGCAUCCUAAUAAGGUGUUCCUGUACUUCGAAGAAAGAGAAUAUACUUAUGAAUUCGUCAACAACAUGGCAAAUAAGAUUGCAAAUAUAGUACUUUCUCUCAACCUCUCACCCGGGGAUACGGUGGCAACAAUGAUAGAGAACGAACCCUCCUUUGUUUGGACACUACUUGGUCUACAGAAAAUUGGCUUGGUGGACGCAUUCAUCAAUUACCACCUGACAGCUGAGCCCCUUCUGCACUCCAUCCGGGCAAGUAGUGCCAAGGUUGUCAUUAUCGGCUCAGGUGAAGGUCUGUUGGAAUCUGUUAAUGAAAUCCGACACAAUUUGUCGGAAAACCUACCAAUUUACGUCCAAGGACGCUCACAGUCUGAGCUUCCUCCGGGAUAUCUUUCGUUGGAUCACGCCAUGGAAAGGACACUUCCACUUCCUGUAAGCAAGCACCUGCGCUCACAUGUCACAUUGAUGUCACCGUUAUGCUACAUCUACACGUCUGGCACAACAGGAUUGCCAAAACCAGCUAUAUUUAACCAAGCUAAGGCGAUCUCCGCCUCAAAGAUUUGGGCAUCGUUUGAUUUCAAUGACAGCGAUGUUUCGUAUGCCGUUACACCCCUCUACCAUAGCGGGGCAGCUUCGCUAUGCCUUAUGAACACUAUUGCAGUCGGCGCUUCUAUGGCCUUACGCCGGAAGUUCUCUGCCCGCCAUUACUGGGAAGACUGCCGGAAGUACAAAGUCACCGUUGUGCAUUAUAUUGGAGAGCUCUUUCGGUAUAUUCUUAAAGUACCGGAGUCACCUCUUGAUGACGUUCACAACAUCCGUGUUGCUAUGGGAAAUGGUCUUCGAUUGGAUAUAUGGAAGAAAUUCCAGGACAGAUUUAAGAUUCCUGUGAUCGUUGAACAUUUCGGGGCCACUGAGGGGACAUCGAUAGCAAUUAACCUCACCAACAAAGUAGGGGCCGUCGGCAGGCUAUCCCCUCUGAUGCGAUUUGCUUCCAAGUACAAACUAAGUGCGCCAAUUCGCGUGAUACAUUAUGAUAGAGUAAAGGACGAACCAAUCAGAGGAAAGAACGGAUUCUGUAUCGAUUGCGGCGCAGGUGAGGAAGGUCUGAUCAUUUCUGAGGUACCCGAAACUACGACACAGUUCUAUGUGGGAUCCAAGGCUAUGAAUGAGAAGAAGUUCUUGAGAGAUGUUUUCGUCAAAGGAGAUGCUUACUUUAACUAUGGUGAUAUCCUCUUCGUUGACAAAGACUAUUAUUUGUACUUCCGGGACAGGCUCGGGGACACAUUCCGUUGGAAAAGUGAAAACGUGUCCACACGAGAGGUUGCCGAGGUGUUGAGCACUCUAAAAUUUAUUCAGGAUGUCAACGUGUACGGUGUAGAAGUACCAGAUAAUGACGGAAAAGCUGGUAUGGCUGCCAUUCUAUUAAAAGAUGGCACAUCGAUUACACCUGAGGUUCUGCAACAAAUCUACAAAAAGUGCGCAAAAUCACUUCCAAGCUAUGCCAGGCCAAUAUUUCUACGGUUCCAAGCGGAUUUUAAUGUUACACAAACAAUGAAACACAAGAAAUCGGACCUUGUAAAAGAGGGUUAUAAUCCAGAUAUCGUUUCUGACCCUCUCUUCUGUGUGGAUGUAAAAAACAAAACAUAUUCUCCUUUAGAUUCUUCAUCCUUUCACCAAGUCAUCAAGUCGAGACUGUAA